UUUCUCUCUCUAUUUACACCUUCUUCACCUAUUCUAUCUUUCCUCCUAUUUUUAUCUUUGUAUAUCUUUCCUUUAUAUACUCUUGAAUUUUAUUUCUACUUUCUUUGUUCGGUCUAUUUAUCGUUUUCUAUAACGAUCAUCGUAUUUCUCCUUUCUUGCGCUAGCCUCAUAUCCCCUAGCUCUCUCGUUUUCUGUCACAUGCAUAUACGCACUCACACACUUUACCCUGUCUUGUUGCUCCGCUGAUACAAAGACCGACAGGACGGUCAGUAUCGUACCAGUUAGCAUUCAUUUUGGACGUGUGAGAUCUAAGAAACGACAGCGGCAUAUUCAUUCCACAGUGAGAUCCUGAAGAGACGCAUCCCUUGAAAGUGAACUCGGAUUUUAAUAACUACUGAGGAUUUCAAAGGAUUGCGAGGGAAUUUCUUCGAUUGUCUCGGUUGUGAAGAAUUGAAUAAGCUUUCUCCGUCAUAGUUUGAUAAUUUUCAUGAAUCAAAUAUCAAACUCGUCGAGCAAACAUGUUUACAAUCAACCGUUGACAUUACGAGAAUUUUGUUUCGUCUGGACCAAGAUAUUGUUAAUCAUAAAAUGCGAUUUCCAAAUUUUGCGCCACAUUGCCUUUGCAGUUUUUAGUGGCUAACAUGUGAUCAUCGAAUCAUCUGACAUCGCGUGUUUGUCAACAUGGCUGCAAAUGUUGCACGAAAAUCUCAAAAGAAGCAAUAAACGAGAAAAUUUGAUUUAUAAAUAAUAUAACAGUUAAUGUUUCAAAAAUGGAUUAUAUAUGCAUAAAAGAAAUUUGUCAUAAAUAUUCAUGAAAUUGCAGAAAAUUACUGUAAUUAAGUUUGAGAUAUUCGACAAUAAUUUUGUAAUUUAUAAUCGAGCAACUUAUUUAUGAAAAAGGUGGACAGAUUUCCGUGUAUCGAGGAUAAAUCAGUCGGAAAAAGAUAAACUGUUUGAUUAUCGUCUUGGUUGCCCGCAGAUGUCGAAAAAUAUAUGGCCUCUAACUCGAGGAGCAAACGCCACAUAUACCAGACUUUGAAUAAACAUACAGAGAGAAAGAAACAGGAUGGUCGGUGUAAAUCGCUAAUGCAAAACGGAAACUGCUUGCUUUUCUCUUCCAAAAGAGAGAGAAAGAGAUAGAGGAAAAAAUAAAUCUUUACGAAGAUCUUUGUCAAAAAAAUUUUUCCCAGUCAGAAAUAGUCUGAAGCUUCUGAUAGAGAAGCGAGUAGAGAUGCAGAAGACAUAAAGAUCUACGUAGAACUUGCCAAAGCACAUCGCGCGAACAAUUUUUGGCUGCACUGAGUGACUUGAGCUCUCAAUGACGAUUUGAAGAUGGGGAUGAUAGCGCGAGUAAGGCGUCGCGUUCGCGCAAACUCGCUGACAGUUGACAAGGAAAAGACAGCGCAAAGUGUCUGUCUUCUAAGCGCAGUUCUUCUUCUGCCCUAUUGUCCGCGCGGUCCAUUGCCGCUUUUACCAUCGCCUGCGCCAGUCUUGUAUUCAGCUCUCGUAUUGCCAGUGGUCCUAAGCGCGAAUUACAGGUACCCGGUCCCAACCCUGAAGACUCUCGCCGAAGCGGUCAAAGGCGGUGCCAAGAGAGCCUGGCAUCCUUUGAACUGUUUCCUCAGACGGUUGUAUGGGCCAGUGGAUCGUGCGGAGAAUCUCUUCCUGAAAAUGCGAAAUUUCUCUGUGAUGGCGAAUCAGAUAGUGUUCUUGAUGCUGGCCGAUAAGGUGCUACUGCCGCAACAGAGACUGACUUGCCUAUACACGCUCAUGUUCUACAACGUGAUAGCCUACUGCGUUAGCUACAUCAAGGAACUAAUUCAGAAGGAGGACUGGUCGCCGUAUGUCACCUUGACUGAGCGGUCCAAGAUAAAGCAUCUUGCCAUGUCGGCCACCAAAAUCGUGCUCGAGUGGACCAAAGCAGUUACAUUCGUCGUCACGUUGACCUUCAUGCUCCUCGUGUUCGGAUUGGAACAAGGUCUCGACCAUUACAAACCCUCGUUGAUCUAUUCGGUGAUUACAUGGAUUUAUUACUCGGCAACGGAGAAGGUCUUCGUGGAGAUGUUCCCGACGAUUCUGGGCUUCUUACAGUUAGAAGCGUUGGAGAACAUCGAGAAUCUUUAUGCGCCUGUAAUACUUCGUUGUUUCACAAUUGCAAUGUCGGCGAUCUUCAGCAUUCUGUUAUUGCCAUCAGCUUCUUGGAAGUUCCUGAUGGUUGCCGUAUAUCUCAACAUAUAUCUAAGGUGGAAGGAACUAAUGCAGAAUUCAGGCGCGGUGCUGCGGCGAGAACGCGAAGUGUUGAAUCGGUACCGGAAGGCAACCAUUGAGGAGAUCGAAAGAUUCGACGAUGUGUGCGCAGUAUGCCUAUGCGGGAUGACGAAGGCCAGAGUGACGCCCUGCCAUCAUCUCUUUCACGCGGACUGUUUGCGACAAUGCCUCAAGACGAGUGACAAAUGUCCCAUGUGCAAACGCGAGCUCAAGUUCGACUAAAAGACGAGAUGGAAUAUUCUUUUGAUCGUCUCCAAAGAUUUAUAAGGUUUUCGAAACAUAUCGAAGAUGAUGAAGAAAGAACGUCUCAAACAUUUAGGAUGACGCUUUUAUGUUUAAAAGAUUUAGAGACGCCCUUUAUAUGUUUGAGUAUAAAAGAUUUACGACGUCGUUGGUGCCCAAAGGAUUUACGACAUUCUUUACUUUACGGUAUCUAAAAGAAUUGGGAGAAAUUCUUUUAGACACAACUUAUAUUGGCCGGGAAAGGAAUCAGUGAAAGGAAGAAGCUUGUGAUAUUAUAGAGAAUGGAUAAUAUUCGCAACGCUUGGAAUGCAUGUUCCUUUAGAGAUUACUGUGAUAUAGAUCAGCACCGGAUAGUUUAGAAUUAUACACUGGACAUACAUUUUAUUAUCAUGUCGAUCAAUUCGUGGCUGAGCUGACACUCGUAAUUCGUAAUUUUAAUGUAACUGGCGAAUGGAAAUACGCUUACUUUGUAUUACUAUUUUUCGUUAAUGUAGUAGCGUUAGUAUGUCGAUCGAAAAAAAAUUGUGAACUACGUCGUUUAUACGUAUAUUUAUAAAAUACUCUUUCUGUGUUGUAAAGUAUACUAUACUCUACCUUGCCGAAAAUGUUUGAUUAAAAAAAAAAGUAAUCGGAAUCGAUCAGGAUUUCUGCACUGAAAAUACGGUAUUAAAAUUAUUGAAAAUAGUCAAAUAUAUGAUUUAGGCGGAUUAUUUUGGAUUAUAUAUCCAUCCAAUUAUCGGAUUGGAAAUAAUCCGCGAAAGCGAUAUUAAAAUCGAUUAUAAUUCGUUCGGAAUUAAAAUCGAUUACUUUUUAAUCUGGGCGCGGAUUAAAACCGAUUAAAAUGGAUUAUGUUUUAAUUGACUUUAAUCGAACAUUUUCGGCAGGGUAUCGUCUCCAUUUUUCUUAUUUUAUGAAUUUAAACAGCUUUGUCAAAAAAUUAUUUUGUAAGAUUGUUGAUAGAAUUAAAAUGAUGGAAUUUAAAAUGCUGCAUAGUUUUGCACUUGCUACAAUUUGAUUUUUAAAAUUCAUGAUAAAAUAAACUUGUAAAUCAUAUGACGUAUGCAAUUAAGAUUAAAUAAUAUUAAAUUUCUCUAUAAAAUAAUUUACAAAUUAUAUCUCAUAUUUGAGAUAAAAUAUAGUCUAAUAAAAAUCCAUCCCUUCAAAAUUUAUAAUAAAUUAAAUAAAUCUUUAUUCUAUUAAAGUUUUCAAUAUAUUAAAAUAUGCGUUUUUUUAAAAAUAAUUUGUUACGUAUUUGAGCAAUCGAUCUUUAGGAGAAAAAAAAAGAAUAUUUUUCCUUUCUUCUCAUAUUAGAUCUAUCUUAUAUUUGCUAUUGCUUCCUAUAUUUUAUUAAGCUUAUAUAACAUUCUUAAAUGUGUGAAUCCAUAUUUCAAUGGAUGAUCUGAAAAUAUAUGCUUUAUUUACAUACAAA